AUGCUGCUUAGCUUGGGUGAUCGCCAAAGUCAGACGCGUGCCGCAUGGCUGCCUCUGCCGCUUAAUUCAACUAAUUGUAAAUUCCCGAAAUUAAUAUCCACAAUCGACGAGCCUCAGAUAGGUGACGCACCCACGUUCGGUGGUCACCAAACUCUUUCGACCGUUCGACGGAGCGCCAGAAUAGCCAACCGCGUUUCUCCAAUCGAGCUGCUAUCUGACGUUCCCGUUCAUCACCGGCACGCGGCUUCGGGAUCGCGGUCGUGUCCGGGUAAGUUCGCAAAAGUAACGCGAAAACAGCUAACGCCUCUAGCUACGCGACCGUGUCUAGUGAAACUCACGCGAUUAAAUUUAGAAGAGGCAAAAACAAGUAGUAGGGGGGAUUCCAAAUCUUGCACGCGAAGCAUCAACCGGCGAAGAUGCACAGGGACGACUAGAAACACCCUCAGAGGGCCCGCGAAUUCGGCAAACUUAGAUGGGCUCGCGCCGGGCGUUAGGUCAAAUCAGAAGUCUCCACACGCGACCCGGGGAGUGGGGGUUGAAGGUUUUCGGGUUUUGCAGGCGAAUUUGAGGAACGACAGAGCUGGGACUCUGGAGGCAAGUCAGUUGUGGGAGGAAAAACGUAUUGAUGUUCUCCUCUUGCAAGAGCCAUACGCAGCGUACAGUAAUAAUAGUUUCAAGAUACCUGGGUUCGGUUGCGGCAUACAAGUUGCUGCCGAAACCAGGUCCAGGCCAUAUGCGGCUAUUUGCUUAACAAAUCCUAAGUACCAAUUACUGGUUCUUUCACAGCUUAGUACAACUCACUGCGUAUGCGCUCAGAUCGUGGGACCUGACACAACGUUCUUCGUAGUCUCAUCAUAUUUCCAGUAUAAAGACGAAAUAGAUAUACAUUUGGAACAUUUAGAAAGGGUGGUCCGAGCACUGAAAGGGAAACGGGUUAUAGUAUCAAUGGACGCGAACGCGAAAUCCGAGAGAUGGGGAUCCGAGACUGACGACGCGCGUGGCGAAAAGUUAGAGCAGUUUGUUGACGCACAUGAGUUAGAGAUAGUCAACAACGCGAGGGAGGGUCCGACAUUCGAAUCAACAAACGGGAGUUCGUACAUCGAUGUGACACUCGUCACGCCUAAAAUCGCGAGUAGCAUUCUUAGCUGGUCCAUUUAG